CUCCCCGGCGCCUGUCUGAGGCGCAACAUCCAGGAAACUGGCGCUCACCGUCCUCAGUCCUAUCGACGCCGAGUUGACUCUGCAACAACACCUAGAUAUAGCGCCGGACAUCACCAACCCCCAUCAAUCUAAGCCCGACGCUGUGGUGGGCGCCGAGCCGGUGAUGAUGGCACAGUCGGUGCCUCAUCAGACGACAGACAAGAAGCGCGUCAAAGUCUACGAGUUGCGCAAUAAUGACUGGUUUGACAGAGGCACUGGCUUCUGUACCGCUGGUUUCAUGCAGUUGGACGAUGGCCAAACCCGCGAUCCCAGAGUCUACGUCGAGUCCGAAGACCAACCUGAUCGGCUGCUGUUGGAGACCAAGAUCUGCAGGGAAGAUGGGUUCCAGAAACAACAAGAGACUCUGAUCGUCUGGACAGAGCCGAGCAGUGGUACCGACAUGGCUCUCUCUUUCCAAGAGGCCGAGGGCUGUCAUAUGAUAUGGAAAUUCAUUAGCGGCAUCCAGAGGACAUUCCAGGGCGCUCUGGCCGGUCCAGCCGAUGACAGUCUUUCCGACGACCUCGCGAUCGAUGCGCAGACUACUAUAAGCCUUCCACCUGCGGAUCUGAAGUCCCUCGCGGAGAUUGAAGGGGCGAUGCGUGUCAUGAGUCAGACCGCCAACGGCCGCGAUGCGUUGACCAAAUUCAUUAUGAGCGAUGAUUAUAUUGGGAAGCUGAUUCCACUCGUCGAGAUGGCCGAAGACUUGGAGAGCCUACCGGAUUUGCAUCGACUGUGCAACAUAAUGAAGAUUGCCAUACUACUGAACGAUACUGCCAUAAUCGAACACGCCGUGUCUGACGACUGCCUCUUGGGCGUGGUAGGCGCGCUCGAAUACGACCCCGAUUUCCCGGGUCACAAGGCCAACCAUCGGCAUUGGCUUGACAACCAAGGACGGUAUAAAGAGGUCGUCCCCAUCGAAGAUGAAGUGAUCCGACGGAAGAUACACCAGACCUAUCGACUCCAGUACCUGAAGGACGUCGUCCUGGCCCGCAUCCUCGAUGAUCCCACUUUCUCGGUCCUGAACUCGUUGAUCUUCUUCAAUCAGGUCGAUAUUGUGCAGCACCUCCAGGGGAACGCCAACUUUCUGAACGAGCUGUUCGGCAUCUUCAGGGCCGUGCCCCCAGACCCCCGAAAGAAGAAAGAUGCCGUUUUGUUCAUUCAGCAGUGCUGCUCGAUCGCGAAAAACCUUCAACCACCGGCACGCCAGACACUGUACAACAACUUCAUCGCACACGGUCUGCUCCAAGUUAUUAAUUUCGGCUUGCGGCAUGGCGAUGUUGCCGUUAGGGUCGGCGCCACCGAUAUCCUAGUGUCCAUGAUCGACCACGACCCUCACAUGAUUCGACAGACGUUGUACCGUCAGAUCCAUGACAACCAACCGCUCCUAACAGACUCUCUCGUGGACCUCCUUCUCGUGGAAGUCGACCUAGGCGUGCGGGCUCAGAUCGCCGACUCGCUGAGGAUACUCUUAGAUCAUGGGCCCCAGGUCCAAGCUCAGGAGGCUUUCGCCAAGGCGAACGGGGAGUUCCCCGCACGGGCUCGCCUCGCGCCUGCGGCCGAGGUGCACGAACUGCUCCUGGCGCACUUCUACGAACACACGGCGAAGAAGCUGUUCAAGCCACUCAUGGCUCUCGAGGGCCGGACGGACAUGAACUUUCCCGUCCAACAAGCUUCCAUGUUCCCGUAUUUAAUCGAAACACUUAGCUACUUCAUCCGCCAGCACAUGCACAGGAGCAAAUUCUUCAUGUUACAGAACAACAUCGCCCAGCGUAUCGUCCAGCUGCUUAGCUGUCCGGAGAAGUACCUACGGCUCGUGGCCGUCAGGUUUUUCCGGCAUCUCGUUGGGUUGCAGGACGACUUCUACAUCAACCACAUGGCAGAGAAACAAGUCUUGGGCCCCAUCCUGCAGGUUCUUAUCAAAACGAUGCCCAGAGACAACAUUCUGAGUUCGGCGUGCUUGGAGCUGUUUGAGUACAUUAAGAAGGAAAACGUUAAGGAUCUUCUCAAGUAUUUGGUUCAGCGUCACCGCGAGCAACUCGUCGACCUCAGCUACAUGGAGACGUUCCGCGACAUUGUCUUCCGACAAGAGCAGCCCCAAGGCGGCACGAUGGAAUAUUUCCUAGAGAAUGAGGACGAGGAGGCGAGGAGGCCCAUGCAACCCAACUCGCGGAUGAUGGAACACAUAGCUAUUGAUCCGAGCGAGGAAGAGUAUUGGAAUACGUCGGACGACGAAGACGGUCCGGAGAGCAAGGCGCUAGACGGGCCUCCCACGAACGGGGCGGCGACGACAACGACACCGCAACAACAAAAGCCACUGGUCGAUUAUCCGUCGGACGAGGAAGCUGAGGGGAAAUCGGAUGACGCGGCCAUGCCGCCCUCGAGCGAGACGAAGCUGGGGCCCGACGAGACGGGAGAAACGCAGUCGGUGCCGGUAACACCUCCACCUGCCGUGGGUCCACCACCAGAGCGCCUGUCGGAAAAACGACGGCGAGAGGAGGAGGACGACGACGAGCUGGAGAAGCUGAUGCAGCACAAGCGGCGUAAUAGCAGCUCCGCUGGUUCGAACGCUUCCAUCACACCGGGCAACAUGGUUAGGCGCCGGAGAAGCUUUGCGGAGCGGGCCAGCCCGUCUGGGGCGCCGCGGAAGAUUUCCAUCAGCAUCUCUCCUUCGUUAAAGACGGGUGGGAACGCAAGGUCCGACGAAGAGUCAUGAGGCGUUCUUUUAUUUCUUUAAUCGUUCUCCUUAGGGAAUCCCGGCCAGUUGGGGAAAUGCCACGGGUCAUGAGACGUCAAUGGAGUCUUAUUUUUGUUUCUACCGGUCGCACGGGUGGUUUCCUUUUCUUUUUCUUCUUCUUUAACUGUCUUUCCGAUGAUGACGGUGGCUUCUAUGGACGACGGGUGGAGGAAAGGGGAGGGGAGGGGGGAGGGCGGGGCGUUUACCGAGUCUUUCCCUCGAUGGAGGUUUAUUCCCAGGGAUCAAAGAAGAAGAAAAAAGAUGGUGAUCAGAACUUCAGUGUAAAAUCCGGGUUGUGGCGGACGGGGGCUGGGUGUUCAAAUGGGCAAAGCUGAUGAUCU